UCACCGCACAGCCGCAACGGAGUGUGCACGCGUCAGCAGAGCAAAGAGCAGAUCAGAGCAGAGCAGAGCAAAGAGCAGAUCAGAAAAAGCACUCAACAGUUGCGUUCAAUUUGGCUCAGCCGUUCCACAGCAGCUACCUUAUAGCUACCAUAUUUCCAUUUCCAUAUCCAGUAUAUCCGCCAAAAGCUUCGAAUCUGAAUCCGAGUUUUCCGAACAAGUUUUCCAGUGAAUGCGAAAAUUAAUCAUUUCCAAAAUUCAAGAUUCAAGUUGUGGCAGAAGUUGAAAAAUUGUCGAAAUUCAAAAUUUUUUUUGCAUUGCGCGUGAAAAAAUCGAAAACACACCCAAAAAAAAAGUGACACACUUCAAAAGUUACAAAUAAUUGUAAAAUAACGAACGGAAUAUCCACUGAUAACCUUCAAAACUAAGCCCAAAAAAAAACUUGUAAAUAAACGCAAAGUAGACUCAAAAGUGAAACAAAGACAAGACGAAAGACGAAAAACGAAUAAGUGGAAGGAAAAAGUACUCUAAUUGAAAUUCGAUCGAGUGGAACUAUUGCCAUCCCAGCCACCCAGCCACCCACGUGUGUACUCCUUGUAGAUAGUCAUCUCCCUUACGCUCAUUGGGUCAACCAUGGAUGCGCCCAAGCAGAUGCAGGACUAUUGGCACAUUCCACGCGCCUCGCUGGCCUCCUCCAGCAGCUCGGCCAUCAGUUCGGCCAGCUCCUCAAAGUCAUCAAACAAAUCGAAUUCCAAUCCCCCCACACUGGCAAACCGGAGUCAGCAUCAGCAGCAGCAGCAGCAGAACAGCAGCAGCAGCAGCGGGAAGACUACAAGUGCGACAAGUGCUGCCGUGACCGCUGCGGCGGCGGCAGCAGUGCUGGCAGCAGCCAAACGGGGAUCGCGCAGCUCUCAGGACUCCAGUGACAGCAACAACAGCACGCGGAGCGCUGCUUCCGGCUCACUGCUGCUGACGGCAGCGAAUCUGGAGCGCUUCGCGGAGAUCCACAAGAAGCAGGAGCGGCACAACAAGAUGUUGAUGAACAGCACGUCGCCAACCUCCUCCUCAUCGGCCAACUACAAUGCGAAUCUGGCUUUGGCCAGCAACGGCAGCACUCCUGGAAAGGAUGCGGUGAUUGCCAUCGAUGGCCACGAUGGAGCAGAAGCGGAUCCAAAUUUGCAUUACAUCAAAACCAAAGACCUCGACACCGUGUCCAUUGCCAGCUCCAUGCACUUUACGAUGGUCAAUGGCGACAACGGACCUCCAAAGAAGCCCAAGCGGGGACUCUGCGAUCGCGGACGCCAGGUCACAGUGCUGAUUGUCAGCAUGAGCACCAUCUUUAUGCUGCUCAUCAUGGGCAUGGUCUAUGCGCUAGAGAUGCGCGCCCGAGACAUGCCGAAGAGCUAAUGGGGGGAAGGCGGGCUCUGUCUAUCUACGAGAGUAUCCAACUCCUCCACUGGCUAGCAAAUUAGUUUAUUAUUUAUUGCAUUGUAUUCUGCUAUGUUUUGAGCCACCCCAAUUAUUUUUUUGUUAUUGUGUCGUCUUUGAGCUAGUUGUGUAAGCUAUUUAUUAAACAAUUUUUUUUUGGAGAGUCAGUUGAAGCUCGGAAAAUCGUAUCGGAAAAUGUUUUACCCCUGUGGCACGCACACACACAUACACGAUGCUAGUAUUAAGACAGAGAAAUAUGCAAACAAAUGGAAGCAUGGAUGUAUUUUUUUUCUGGUUAGCAAUUAAGCUAUUUAUCCCUGUGAUAUGUUUAAUAAAGUGAAUUUUCUAAUUGUAAAA